ACAAUCCCGUCCCACCACCCGAACAGCAGUUUGGCGAUUGGUAGAAUAUUUUUGCCUGUCGACUUCGUGACACAGAAGUGAACGGGCGCCAGUUUCGUCUAGUGUGGUGAUCGUAUCUGCGAAAAUGAAACGACAGUGAAAUAAGACGCUGAAAAAGUUCGCGGAUACUUUUGGAAGCUCACGAAAAACCGCCUAUUCUAGUCGCGACCGGUUCGCGGGCACCCGAUGACAAUAAUUUCCUACGACCGCACAUCUCUGCUGAUAACGCGAGCUAUCUGAGCUCUGUUUUGUGAGAGGCCUUAAUCAAUGCUGAACAGACUGCCAACAACAACAACUAGUAGAGCACUCUUCGGUCAACCUCCGUUGUAUUUCACGUUGACCGCGCGCAUCGAAGACGAUUUAACAAAAUGCAUAUGCACAUGUCCUUCUGGUGGGGUUCUGACGUGGGCGAUGUAUUCUUCAAGGGACUAACGGUAAAUUCGACUGGCGCCAUGGUGGCCCUCUGUCUAGUGCUGGUCGCACUAUCGAUUCUGUACGAGGGGAUGAAGGUCCACGGUGCGAAGGUACGCGCUCGAGCGGCACGCGAACGCAAACGCUCCAGUUCCUGUCCGCCAAGCGAAAACGCUACCCUGCUUUCGCUGGAAAUUAACCCAGGGAUAGCCCGAACAUUAACCCGUCGCCUGUGUGUCUUCUUUGCUGAGGCCACAGUCUUUCUUAUGCACAAUAUGCUAGGAUAUGCGCUCAUGCUGAUGGUAAUGUUCUACAAUGGCUAUCUGUUUGUAGCUGUGGUCGGAGGUAUGGCCCUCGGAUAUUUCCUGUUUGGCCAUAAGUCCAUGAAGGUCAACAUGGAAAACGUCCAGGCGAGACAAACGAACGUCAUCUGUACGGCACGCUGCCUGCAGACAGAUCCCACAGCACCCGCAGCCGCCACCCUAGAGCACCAACCACCGGACAGACUGAAUUCCGACGGCACGGCACCAUCGACAUCCGCCAGUGGGUGUCACUGAGCAAGGAUAGAGCAAAAAGCAUCCUUCCACGCGAUGUUACGUAAUCUCAGCGGUAGGGGCUGUUCGACGAAGACGCUCGAGUAGUUAGGCUCGAUAGAAAGGCAUAGUGAAAAGAGAUAUUCAAUAGGAUUAUACUGUGAUCUGUAUACUAAGAGGUAGAACACAUGAACAAGCAAAACAAAAACAUGAUAAUGAAUGCAGUAGUCACCCUCAAAAGCCAAUCUUUUGUACCUUAUAAUUAUGCAAUUAGCAUGUAAAACUUGAAGAAGCAAAAAAAAAACAAACGUGAGGCCAAUCAUUAGUCAGUUUAAGUAUACUUUCCGUUACUUCCAUUUUUGGUGCAGAAUACCGGCAUAAGAUUCAUAUACUGUUUGUUUGUGUAUAAUAGAUAAUAGUUGUAAAGUUUUAUUUCAACACGAUAACGAGUAGAUAUUCAUCUUGAUCUUGAUAUUGUUUAUCGCUCAAUAUUAAGUCUAAUAAACGAGGGGUUUCUAAUAUACACACACAUUGUAAUGAUGCAACUUUGAUCAGGAAGUUCCAAUAAUUCCUAGUAGGGUGUGAGGCUCUAGAUUGAGCGCUGUCGCAUGAUGUGCUAAAUAAAAAAAAUUAUAGUUAUACAAUCUGAGCAUUCAGAAGUUUGCAGUGUACUCACUCAUUCUAUAUUUGUUCCACCAUCACCAUUAUCUACCCUUGACAACGUAUAUAAUAAACAAUGC